CAUUUGGCAGAUUUUUUUCUCUUCGCGGUCUCCAUCGUUCUCACUGAGUCACAGCUCGGUACAUAUAAAUACAGCCAAUCAUCGCUCGGCUUUCGAGCCGUCGUUUUCUCCUUUCUUCUCUGUUGAAGCCCUAGAGUUUCUCCUCUUGCAGCCAUCAACUUCAUCGAGUUUUAGCUCGAAUAUUCAUCAGCUAUGUCGAGGAAGAUGCUCAUAGAUGGGGAACUGAGCCAUCCGGCUGAAGCGGAGGAACGCUACGACUUCGAUUUAUUUGUUAUUGGAGCAGGAAGUGGUGGUGUUCGUGCUAGUAGAUUUUCAGCUAGUCAUGGAGCGAAGGUUGGCAUCUGUGAGCUUCCAUUCGAUCCAAUCAGCUCAGAAGUAAUUGGAGGAAUUGGCGGAACGUGUGUUAUUCGUGGUUGUGUUCCCAAAAAGAUUCUGAUGUAUGGGGCAACUUUUGGUCCUGAGCUUCAGGAUGCUCGAAGUUAUGGUUGGGAUGUGCAUGAGAAAGUGGAUUUUGAUUGGAAGAAGCUUUUGAAAAAGAAGACAGAUGAGAUAGUACGAUUAAAUGGAAUUUACAAGCGUUUACUGACUAAGUCGGGAGUAAAAAUGUAUGAAGGAGAGGGAAAGAUUGUUGGUCCACAUGAAGUUGAGGUGACACAACUUGAUGGUACCAAAAUAGGCUAUUCAGCAAAGCACAUUCUGAUUGCGACUGGCAGUAGAGCUGUCAUUCCUGAUAUUCCUGGGAAGGAGUUGGGGAUAACAUCUGAUGAGGCUUUGAGUUUGGAGGAGUUGCCUAAGCGUGUUGUGGUGCUUGGAGGAGGGUACAUUGCUGUUGAAUUUGCUUCAAUCUGGAAUGGUAUGGGUGCUAAGGUUGAACUAUGUUUCAGAAGGGAACUUCCACUGGGAGGUUUUGAUGAUGAAAUGAGAGCAGUGGUUGCAAGGAAUCUGGAAGGCAGAGGAAUUAAUAUGCACCCAAGAACAAAUUUGACAGAAUUGAUAAAAUCAGAGAACGGCAUAAAAGUUAUCACGGAUCAUGGUGAGGAGUUGUUAGCAGAUGUCGUGUUGUUUGCAACUGGUAAUUAUCUUCUUACGUUUAAUAACCUCUUGAAAAUUUAUUGCACUUAGUUGUUUUCCGUGCAGUUUGU